AUGAUCACAAUCUUUUUCGAGCUUGUAUGCUUUUUCAUUUUUGCGGCGACUAUGGUAAUGUGUCUUCUUCCCGAACCGGAAAAACCGUAUCAUCCUCGUGCGAGGCCUCCAUUCAACCAGACGAUAUGGGAACCGGCUCGUGAGACAUUCGAGAAGCACCACUUAAGCCAACGUUGGAUGAAACCAUCGAAGCCUUCUGCUCGUGCUCCAAUCCCACCAAUCCACGCAGUCUAA